AUGUCUUAUAUUAGUUUAAGACAAGAACCGAUAAUUUCUCGUCGAAUAAAUUCGAUGCCUCCUUCUUGUUUUCCACAUUUAAGUGCUUUUACUGGAAAAGAAAAUGAAAUCGAUUUGCGAUCGGAAUUUUCACCAGAACUGGAACAAAUUUGCUCUUCUACAAAUUUACCAGAAAUACCUCUAUGCAAAAUUAUUGUUUUGGGAGACGUGGCCGUUGGUAAAACCAGCUUAGUAAAAAGAUUUUCUGAACAUACUUUCAACAAUGAAUAUAAAGCUACAAUUGGCGUAGAUUUUCAAGUCGCCCGAUUCAAUGUCUUAUCGAUACCAUUUCAUUUGCAAAUAUGGGACACUGCUGGUCAAGAACGUUUUAAAUGUAUAGCACAAGCUUAUUACAGAAAAGCACAUGUCAUAAUGUUGGUUUUCGACAUGACGAAUUUGGCAACUUUAUCUAAUUGUGCUGUCUGGUAUGAAGAAGCAAUGCGAUUUAAUUAUGACGACCCAUUGAUAUUCCUUAUCGGAACGAAAAUUGAUAAAAUGGGUUCAUCUGAAAUAGACAAGGCCACCAAAUCAGGAUUCGUCCUGGCUCGAGAUUUAGGAGCAGAAUUUUGGACAGUGUCAUCUAGUACUGGACAGAGGAUAGAAGCUUUGAUGAGACGAACUGCUGCAAUAUCCUUCCAGUAUUUAAUAUUGUCCCAGAAAAAGGUGCCGAAGAAGAAAAUUGUUGUGGGAUCUGAUGUUAGAGGUAAAUAA